AUGCCAUCAUCAGACGACUCUCCAUCAAUGGCUCGACUACCACCGAAUCUCGUUUCCGUCUUCACCCAAGCUCUCAAGAGCUACCAAACGUCCAACGCGACCUUCCGCGUCCUGUGUUCCUUGACAAAUUCUUCCUUACCAUCCUCGGCAUCACCAUCAGCAGCCGAACCACCCACUCCUCAUCCUCCCCAAGCCCCCAUAAAAUCUCUCCUAGUCCUCGACUCGUCUUUCAACCCGCCUACCCUCGCCCACCGGCGCAUGGCGCUAUCCGCCCUCGCAGACCACGGGCCAUCAGAUAGCGGCGGCGACGGCGAUAACACUCGCACCCCGCGCGUCCUGCUCCUCCUCGCCAUCAACAACGCCGACAAGGCGCCCAAACCAGCCUCCUUCCCGCAGCGGCUCGCGAUGAUGUACAUCUUCGCGCAAGACCUGCUGCUGCGCUGCGCCGAGCCGCCGCCAGCGCAGCGCCGCAGCGCGUGGUGCCAAGGCGUGGACAUCGCGGUGACGACGGAGCCGUAUUUCCACGCGAAAGCCGGGGCCAUUGCCGCGUCGGACUUUUACCACCAGCACAACCAAAACCAAAGCCAAAACGUGCAGGACCAGGGCCCCGAGCAGGUGUACCUAACCGGGUUCGACACCCUGAUCCGCAUCUUCGACCCCAAGUACUACUACUCCCCGCCCCCGGGGUCCGGGGCCAUGGCGUCGGCGCUAGACCCGUUCUUCGCGCGCGCGAAGCUGCGGGUGACGAUGCGCACGGACGCGGAGUGGGGCGACGCGGCGGCGCAGAGGGCGUACGUGAAGGGUCUGAGGGAGGGGGCCCUGGGGCGCGUGGGGGGGAGGACGGAGUGGGUGGAUCGGAUUGAGAUGGUGGAGGGGAGCGGGAAUGGCAGGAAAGAAGGCGAGGAGAAAGAGGAAGAGGAGGUGGUGGCGGUGAGUAGUACGAAGGUCCGGGAGGCGGUGCGGAGGAAAGACUGGGAGGCGCUGGGAAAGCUGGUCAGUGAGGAUGUGGCGGGUUGGAUUCGGCAGGAGGGGUUGUAUGCGGAGGAAGGGGUGUGA